AAAUCUAUGGAGUAGAUUAAUUAUUUAGUUCUUAGAUACUUACUAAGGAUGGAUAAUAAACGAAAUUACAAAAUAAGGAAUUAAAUAAGUAAAUAAACAGAGUCCGAAAGCCGAAUUUAUCGUGGGUCCAAAUCUAAAGCUGCUCGGAAUGCACACACAUUACAUGUGCAAUAAUCUGUUUAGAAAUUCAUAAUAGAAUUUGGUGUUGCGAAAUAAAAAUCUCUCUUGUUAGAAUAUAAUAACAAAAUUUAAAGUGCGAAAUACGAGCUUUUUUUUAGAGUUGCAGAAAUCCGAUCUGAUUGGCAACAACAGAGAUCGAUCAUGAGUUAUUACAAUCAGAAUAAUCAACCGCCACCCGUCGGCGUUCCUUCUCCUCAAGGAUAUCCUCCGCCGCCGCCGGAGGGAUAUCCGAAGGAGGGUUAUCCGCCGCAGGGGUACCCGCCCCCAGGUUACCCACCCCAACCCUACCCACCGCAGGGGUACCCGCCCCCAGGUUACCCUCCCCAGCCCCAGUACCACCCCUACCCCCCACAGUACGCUCCUCCUCCGCCGCCGCCGCAGCACCAUAAACCUAGCGGCGGCGAUUCCGGUUUCUUGCAAGGAUGUUGUGCUGCACUUUGCUGUUGUUGCCUGCUCGACGCAUGCUUCUAGUGAAGAAACGUUGAAAUGAAAUGCAUGGUUGGUCGCUCUCGCUGGCAGUGAAGGCUACGCUCCUAUAUUCAUUUCCUGAUUAAUUAAUAAUCAUUGUUUAAUUUGCUAGCUCUUUCUAACAGCUUGGUUUUCAGUGUGAUUAAUUUGGAAUGGUGAGAGUUUCCAAGUGUUUUGUCUCCAGCUCAUCAUUCCAUGCUUCUUUUCUUUUCAUUUAUUUAUUUAUCAUUUAUAGCAAAAUUGCUUCCGAUUA